AUGUUAGGAAUAAGAUCAUCUGUCAGAUCUUGCUUUAAGCCAGUGUCUUUGACUUCAAAAAGACUGAUUUCCCAAUCUUUGGUCGCUAGCAAAUCCACAUACAGAACGCCAAACUUUGAUGACGUUUUGAAGGAGAACAACGAUUCUGAUAAAGGCCGUUCUUACGCUUACUUCAUGGUCGGUGCUAUGGGUCUUUUGUCGUCUGCAGGUGCGAAAUCAACUGUGGAAACCUUUAUUUCCUCUAUGACUGCCACAGCCGAUGUUUUGGCCAUGGCUAAAGUUGAAGUCAACUUGGCAGCCAUUCCAUUAGGUAAGAACGUCGUCGUCAAAUGGCAAGGUAAGCCUGUGUUCAUUAGACACAGAACUCCUCAUGAGAUCGAAGAAGCUAACAGCGUGGAUAUGUCUGUUUUGAAGGACCCACAAACGGACGCUGACAGAGUUAAGGAUCCUCAGUGGUUAAUCAUGCUGGGUAUUUGUACUCAUUUGGGUUGUGUUCCAAUUGGUGAAGCCGGAGAUUUUGGUGGUUGGUUCUGUCCUUGUCAUGGUUCGCAUUACGAUAUCUCUGGUAGAAUCAGAAGAGGUCCUGCUCCAUUAAAUUUGGAAAUUCCCGCCUACGAAUUCGAUGGUGAGAAAGUCAUAGUUGGUUGA